CGAAAUGUCCUCGACGCUUCAGUGGGCAUCCGUGGAUCGUGGAUCCCCCGUCGAGUUGCAGAGCGUGGAGAGAAAUAGAGGAAAAUGUCGGACGAGGAGAAGACCAAAGACUCCAAAGAUGUGGAGCACUCCGAUGAAAAGAAACUCCCCUAUCCCAAGGCCGUCUUCUUCAUCAUCAGCAAUGAAUUCUGCGAGCGCUUCGGCUUCUACGGGAUGCGGACCAUCCUCGUGUUGUACCUGAAGAACGUCCUGGGCUACGACGACGAUAAUGCUACCAUCAUUUACCACAUCUUCAACAUGCUCUGCUACUUCACGCCUGUGAUCGGAGCCAUCAUCUCGGACACCCUUCUUGGAAAAUUCAGAAAUAAAGCUGCAUUAUCGGAUAGUUCUCUGUUCAAAAAUCCACCCUUAAACGCUCCAUCGUCGGGCGGGACAUCCCACGGAAAACCAGAUCAGAAGGGAACGAGCACCUACCAAGUGACGGCUGUCAUCCCCGAGGUGGUGUGGACUCUCAUCUCUCUCCCGCCGGGGGAAGCAAUAGUGAAGACGUGA